UGAAAAAGAGUUGGUCGUCUCGAUGUAAGACAUGCUAUGACCGCUUCAUUACUCCUCCAUUCGCACUGGAUUGACCCGGUGAUGUUUCUCUACGACAACGCUUUGGAUGAUAGAAGCAAGAACAUGGAAGGAUUUACUGGAGGUAAUUUUGCUGCAAACCAGUGCAGGAAUUUGUUAGCGCAUCCAACCUCGCUGGCUCCGAGCACCACCUACACUUCGAGUGAGGUGCCAGUCUCUGGCAUGGGGGAGCCUGGCAAGCAAUGCAGCCCCUGUUCUGCCACUCAGAGCUCGCCCAAUGCGUCUUUGCCCUAUGGAUAUUUUGGCAGCAGUUAUUACCCAUGUCGGAUGUCACACGGCAGCGUCAAGGCUUGCGCGCAGCCCUCUGGUUAUGGCGAUAAAUACAUGGACUCAUCGGUCUCUGGUGAAGACUUCUCAACCAGGGCAAAGGAAUUUGCAUUUUAUCAGGGCUAUUCCUCUGGUCCUUACCAGCCCAGCUACUUGGACGUCCCUGUCGUCCCUGCGCUGAGUGCUCCAUCUGAACCAAGGCAUGAGUCUCUGUUGCCCAUGGAGCCCUACCAGCCAUGGGCCAUCACCAACGGUUGGAGUGGUCAAGUUUACUGCACCAAGGAGCAGCCACAGUCAAAUCCUAUGUGGAAACCUUUGUUACAAGACACUAUAUCUGGUGGAGACAGCUCUAUCCGCCGUGGGAGAAAGAAGCGUGUGCCAUACACCAAGGUGCAGCUCAAGGAAUUGGAAAGGGAGUACGGCGCCAAUAAAUUCAUCACCAAGGACAAAAGGAGGAGGAUAUCCGCGCAGACAAAUUUGACAGAGAGACAAGUGACAAUCUGGUUUCAGAACAGGCGCGUAAAGGAGAAGAAAGUCGUCAAUAAAUUCAAGAGCUCCAGUUAGCUCUGGAGAUACUGAAACAGGGAAUGGCGGACAUGGAUGCGCCUUCAUCCAAAAAACUGUGCUAUAAUUUAUUACAUUAUAUGAACGGUUUCUUUGUCGCCAAAGCGGCUCUGUUUUUUUUUUUUUUACCUACACAUUUCCUUCCUCACAUUUUAAUUGGAACCAGUCGAUGAGGCCUGUUGACAGAAGAUCGGAAAUGGUUUGCAUCGAGUUGACCAAAGGCGAUUCUGCAAGGGGGGGAUUCAUGGUCUCCUUCAAAUAUUCACCAAACAAUAAGACAUUCUGCCUUGACGGCAUGAAGACACCCCGAGCGCUUUUAAUCCACCUAAUCCAGCCCAAAAAUGUUAAGACUGAAGCCCCUGGAAUCAGAUACAAUAACAGAAGUAGGUGUCACUUUGAGUCUGUGAGCAUCACAAUGCAAACAGGCAAAUCAUUAAAAUAAUAUCAAAUUAAUCUCAAAUAAUAUUUUUCUGCAUUUAUUUACGCUAAAGAGGAAAAAAAUCUCUCUCCAUACUCUUUCCUUGCAUAAGAAAUAUUAUCCUACAACACUGUAUUUAAUUAUUUAGAUCAACUCCACCCUACUCUUUAAAAGAGUUCUCACUCCAUCCCUGUCUUUACAAAUCCGAUUCAAAUAAUCCUCUUUCUGUAAGUUAAACAGCCACUGUCUGAUGAAACGUGAAGCUAUAGUCUGAGCAUCAGUAGGUUUCCCCACACUUUGUCCAUGUCUUUCUAAAUAACUCGCCUGUCAGCAGGCUGACACAUGCAAUCUCUGCCUGUCAGUCCAGAAUGGUUUUGCAGGAGAGUAGGCUACUGAAAACGUAGGCAUAUUUAAACAUGUAAAUACUAUCUGACUGCAACUAUCUAUCCUCCCUUUUCUGACUGCAAUAGCCAAAGUUUUUUGACAAUAAAUG